AAAUAUAAAUAAAAAUAUAAUGAUGAGAGGGGGGGAGAGAGAGGGGGGUCAGAGCUUACUGAAGAGAGACAUGGUUCGAGACUGUGAAGAGGUCCCGUCCUCGCGCACGUGCAUCGCUGCUCUCCUCGCUCGGCCCCAAAAAGACUUUUGGAAUCCUUCGUCUUCUCGGUGGGAUAGAGAACUUUUGGAGGACUUGGCUCAGAAAGAAAUACGACCCCAUGAAUUUGGGUGUUGCUGAUUCUGUAAUUUUAGGAGUUGAUAUGGGAAGAAAAUGAUGAACAAAAGGGAUAGAAGUCUAUGCAUCUUGCCGGAGCUUUUGAGAGAGGGUAUUGAAGUUAAGAACCUACCAAUUGUCUGAUGGAAGAAUCUAAGGGCAAUGAAGACAAUCACUAUGGAGAAUCCUCUCUGACCACAUUGUUGCCUUCACCAGCAUGUCUGCCAACUUCCCUGCAGUCCCUGACUGCCCCAGUGAUUGAUGAAAAAGCCGACACUGAUCACCAGCAGAGAAUGAUCGUAAAGGAUCCUGAGAUGCUAGUUCAGCAAGAUGUUCCUAACUGCUUAUCAUUGGAUCAAAAUACACCAAAUUCAUUGGAGAAGUCAAAUGUAUCAGGGGCUACUGGCUAUGGUGCUGCAGUUGUGUUGUCAGAAGUGCUUAAUCAUCCAGCUCCUCAUUCAUUGGAUAUGUUGGGAGAACUGGAAGAUAUACCGCAUCAGCUUGAAGAUAGGAUUUCUGAUAGAGUUGGCGAUGUUCAGAACAGUCUUGACUCUAGUGCCACAGUUGAAAUAAAAAGACAGAAGAAAUGUGCAAUGAUGUGCAGAACAACCAUGAUUCUACUGCAACUAUUGAAAUAACAAAUACUCAAGAGAUGCCCCCUGAUGUUCAGGUCAGUCAUGAUUCCAAGACUCCCCAUGAUGUGCAGAACAACCAUGAUUCUACUGCAACUAUUGAAAUAACAAAUACUCAAGAGAUGCCCCCUGAUGUUCAGGUCAGUCAUGAUUCCAAGACUCCCCACGAUGUUCAAGCCAGUCAUGAUUCUACUGCCACUGUUGCAAUAGAAAAUACAAAAGAGAUGCCCCAUGAUAUUCAGAUCAGCCAUGAUUCGACUGCCACUAUUGAAAUAAAAAGGAUAGAAGAGACAAACCAUGAUGCUCAGAACAACAAUUAUUCUCCUCCCUCUGUUGAAAUGGAAAAGACAAAAGACAGGCCUCAUGUGUUGCAUGAUAUGCUUGGUCACCAUGUGGAGAUUGGAAGUACACACAAGAUACCAGAAUCAGCUAAUUCUUCUAAACAUGUAAAACAUGAAUAUGCAAACAGAGGCCUUGUCGACACCGCAGCACCUUUUGAAUCUGUCAAGGAGGCUGUCGCCAAGUUUGGAGGAAUUGUUGAUUGGAAAGCUCACAAAGCAGAGACUUUAGAGGUGGAAGCUACCCAAUGUACUAUGAAUUCAAAUGGAAGAAAAGAAUAUUAUCGAUGCAAACAUGUCCAAGUGGAGCUUGAGAAGGUACAAGAAGAAAUUCCACAUUACAAAAAGCAAUCGGAAGUUGCGGAAGAGGCUAAAGCACAAGUACUGAAGGAGCUAGACAGCACUAAGAGACUUGUAGAAGAACUAAAGCUGAACCUGGAAAAGGUGCAAACUGAAGAGGCUCAGGCAAGACAGGACUUGGAACUAUCCCGACUCAGGGUCAAAGAAAUGGAGCAAGGAAUUGCUGAUGGAGCUAGUGUUGCAGCCAAGGCACAAAUAGAGGUUGCCAAAGCAAGGCAUGAAGCAGCAGUUGCAGGAUUGAAGUCCGUGAAAUUGGAGUUGAAAACACUGCAAGAAGAGUUUAUUACACUAAUUAAUGACAGGGACAUGGCAAUCAAAGAGGCUCAAGAGGCUGUUUCUGCAUCCAAGGUGAUUGAGAAGGCUGUUGAGGAACUGACUCUAGAACUGAUAGCAACAAAGGAAUCAUUAGAAUCGGCUCAUGCUGCACAUCUCGAAGCAGAAGAACAUAGAAUUGGUGUGGCCUUGGCAAGAGAACAAGAUUGUCUUACUUGGGAGAAAGAAUUGAAGCAAGCUGAAUUGGAGGUGCAACAGCUAAAUGAACAGCUUUUGUUGGCAAAGGAUCUCAAGUCAAAAUUAGAUUCAGCAUCAACUCUCUUUCUCAAUCUCAAGGCUGAACUAGCAGCUUAUAUGGAAGUAAAGCUAAACCAAGAGUCCAAGGGAAUAGAGGAAGAGAAACUGACAGAUCAUGCAGAAGAAACAAUGAACGUUGGGAGAUCCACUCAAGAAGCAUUAACUUCUACAAGAAAGGAGCUUGAGGAAGCGAAUGCGAAUAUUGAGAAAGCCAAGGAUGAGGUUAAUUGUUUAAGAGUUGCGGCUUCAUUCCUCAAGUCAGAGCUUGAAAAAGAAAAAGCAGCCCUCACCAACUUGCAACAGAGGGAGGGGAUGGCAUCUAUAGCAGUGUCUUCACUUGAAGCUGAGCUCGAUGGAACAAAACAAGAAAUAGAAAUAAUUCGGAUGAAGGAGAAACAAACCAGAGAGAAGAUGGUGGAGUUACCCAAGUGGCUGCAGCAAGCAGCUCAGGAAGCGGAUCAUGCUAAGUCAGUUGCUCAAUUGGCAGGAGAAGAGCUAAGAAAGGUCAAGGAAGAAGCAGAACAAGCCAAGGCUCGCGCAAGCACCACAGAGAACAGAUUGAAUGCGGCUUUGAAGGAAACAGAGGCAGCUAGAGCAUCAGAGAGGCUGGCACUUACAGCAGUCCAAGCAUUGCAAGAGAGUGAGCAGGCUGCAGGUGUUGGGAGUGAUGACUCAUCUAGCGGAGUGAUUCUCGCAUUGGAUGAAUACUUCAUUCUUACUAGCAGAGCUCAUGAAGCUGAGGAGCUUGCCCAUGAGAGUGUGACAGCUGCCAUUGCACAAAUUGAGGUGGCUAAGGAGUCUGAGUCAAGGAAUUUAGCAAAGCUGGAGGAAGCAUAUAGGAUGAUGGGUGAAAGGAAGCAAGCAAAGAGAGUUGCAAUGGAGAAGGCUGAGAAGGCCAACAGAGGGAAACUGGCUGUGGAACAGGAAUUGAGGAAAUGGAGAGCCGAACAUGAACAGCGAAGGAGAGCUAGUGAUGCUGCCAAAGGUGCUGUUAAUCUUUCGAGGAGCCCCCCCAGAGCUUUUGUGCAUGGUGAACCAAAAAGCUUUAGUAAGGAAGAAGCUGAUGUUCUUGUCCAUCCCAUGUCCAAUCCGAAGUUAUACAUAUCAGAUGAUAGCCCAGAGAAUGCUAUGCCAGGGUCCAAGGUAAGGAAGAAGAAAAAAUCUCUUCUUCCUCGAAUUGUCAUGUCCCUCGCCGGAAAAAGUGCUCAAUAGCUCACUUUGUAUCUGCAAAUUCUCAUUCAUCUUUGUUGUACAUGUAUAAUAAGAUAAUUUUCUUUUAAUAAGCUGAUGUGAUGCAAAUUUGUAAUUUAUUUGUAUAGACUUUUGGGGACCAGGUCAAUGAGUAUGAUGAAUUUUGAUA